CUCUAGAUUUAGCAGCUAGCUAGACUUUAUGCCUGUGCUGCUAUAAUACUAGAGAAUGGCUACUGUAACUCUAUUUCUCUGCUGUCUGCUGGGAAGUGUUUCUCUUGUGUAUGGACAACCUUUGAUUCGACUGGCAGCAUCCAAUGAGCCCGAUGGCACUGACCACACUGGAGAGAUCAUCUCAUUCUCUGAUGUUGGAUCAGGAGCUAGUGGUCAACCACGCCCCUGGCUUUGCUACACCGAAGACACUGGUAGUGUAUUGUGGCUGUUCCCCGAUGGGAGUGCAUUGCAACUUGAAAGUAGAUCAGUGGCAUUUCAGGACGAAGUGUUCAUCAGAGAUGUUCCUAAUUUUGCCGUUAUUCUGUAUCGUGGUCCCACACACUUCAGUCCUGAUGGAGAACACUGCUGUGUGAGGACUGCCACCAAUGAGAGGAGAUGUGUCACCUUCAUUCCCUGCCCCACACUGAGUCCCCUCACUGACACUAAUGGGAGGAUCUCAUACAACCCAGUCAACAACAUGGCCACCUACAGCUGUGUCACUGGGUACACACCAACCAUCACCAGUGGAACAGCUCUGCAGAUAACUUGUGGGGGUGGGAGUGAUACUAGUGCUGGUACCUGGUCUCCACUACCACCUACACUUACUUGUACAAUUGUCACCUGCCCUGUCCUAACCUCCCCUACCAAUGGAGGUGUGUCCACCCCUAGCUUCAACUACCUCACCUUUGCUGCAUACAACUGUGACCCUGGCUACUUCCUCACUAGUAGUGCUACUAGACAAUGUGAAGCUACUGGUCAGUGGUCAGGAGUGGCACCAACUUGUCCACCUGUUGACUGUGGAUCACUAACUAUUCCCAAUGGAGUAGUAGACACAUCCUCUGGAACCACCUUCAUGAUGACUGUUACCUACACCUGUAACAUUGGAUACGUCCGUGUUGGUAGUGAGAGCAGAACUUGUGGAGCAAGUAUAACAAGUGGACCAACUGGAGUUUGGAGUCCAGCUGCACCAGUUUGUGAAAUUGUCAACUGUGGACUACUUGCCAACCCCUCCAAUGGAGCAGUGGACACAUCCUCUGGAACCACCUUCAUGAUGACUGCUACCUACACCUGUAACACUGGAUACGCUCUGGUUGGAGCAAACACUCGGACUUGUGGGAGUGAUGGACAGUGGACUCCAGAUGCUCCAACCUGUUUACAGCUCCUAGCUGUGAUCAGCCCCAGUGGUGUUCCAAUGGCUGGUCAGAGUUUCUCCCUCACUUGUUCCCUGAGUGGAGGGGCCUCUCUACAACCCACCCUCUCCUACCAGUGGACGAGGGAGGGAGGGUCACUCAUGACCAGCACAGCAACCCUCAACUUUGACACUCUCUACUUGUCAGACGCUGGUCAGUACAGCUGUCAGGUCAUCCUCACCUCCAGUCAGCUUGAGGGGGAACACACUGUAGCUGCUCACUACACCAUUGAGUUCAUGAGCCUGCACAUUCAACUUGGUCUGGAGGGAAUAACAAACUGCAGAGUGUACACUGAUCGAACUAGACGCUGAUAUGAAAACAGAUGACAUCACCAAUAGUCUGACACAAGGCAUUGAAAGCCAGUGUGCCUGUGGAUUCAACUCUUCCCUCAUUUUGAAUUCCUUCAUGGUUUGUUUCGAUGACUCCCCUAGUCAUGUGACCUACAGAGCUGUGCUAAC